GAGGUGUUUGGUAUUGGGUCAUCAUCAAGAGUAACCAAAACUAAACUUUCUCAUUAAGCAGAUAAAAAAUCAGGUUAUUCUGGGAAUAUAGCAUGGCUUGAAUCAAAUUAAACAGGUUAAAGGGCUAAACAUUGCCACCGUGCCACCCCAAUCAAGCAUUAUUCUGAGAACAAUUUUAGUAAAUCAAGUUAAUUGGGCCAGCCCAAUAAGCUCAAGCUUCAAGCCAGGUUCCGGGUUCCGGGCUUUCGGCCCAGGCCACGCUCUUUUCUUUCUCUCUCUUCCCCACCCCAAGUUCCAAUCAUCAUUUCCCGCGCAAGCGCGAACACGCUCCCCAAGUUUCAAACCUGAGGGAGCGAGGCGGAGAGCAAGGAAGAGAAACGAAGCGCCACCAAGCCACGGCGGCGCCAUGACCACCACCGCCAGAUCAGCCCGAACCCACCACCCAGCUCCGCCGACUCUCACCGCCGACGACAUCGUCCGCCUCGCCGAGGAUCCAUUCGCCACCCUCCCCUCCUCCGCCUCUCCCUCUGCCCUCCUCUCCCUCCUCGACUCCCCCUCCCCCUCUCCCUCCGUUCCCGUCACCACCUACCUCUCCUCCCUCCUCUCCCUCCUCUCCCGAUCCCCUCCACGCGCUUCCCUCCUCUCCUCCCUCCUUCUCUCCUCCCUCCGUCUCUUCCUCUCCUGCCGCCUCCCCCACGGCCCCGACACCGCCCUCGUCUUCCACCUCUUCUCCCCCCUCCUCCCCAACCUCGACCCUUCCGACCUCCCCUCCCUCCUCGACCUCAUCGCCUUCCACCUCUCCGACAUCGCCGACCCCGACGACGCCCAGCCCCUCGACCUCCUCCCCCGCCUCCUCGACCUCGCCAUCGAUGCCUCCGGAGAAGAAUCCAUCGUCCCGAUCCUCGAGAGAUUCCUCGCCACCGAUUGGUCCAAGGCCCUGUUGGUAAAGAUCGUCUCCCUCCUCCGCGAUUUCCCGGCGCUUUCUAGGGUUAGUGUUCUGGAUUUCGUCGAGAAGGUAUUCGGAGGAAUGAAGGCGGUGGACCUCCAGGAUCUGCCGUCCCUUGUCUACCAGCUCCUUCUCCUCGCUUCCAAGGGGAUCAACAAGAGGGCGGUGAUUGGAGGGAUUUUAGGGUUUUUUGGUGGGUCCCUAACGGGGCCGGCUUCGAUUGUGCGGCAGGUGGAGGGGACGGUUUUGAUGCAUGUGAACUUCGCCGUGAAGCAGGACCCUUCCUUGGGGCAGGAGGUGCUGGCCAUUGUUCGAUCCGAUCGUGGUGUGCUUAACCACUUCGCGGUCGCCAUCCUGCUGUCGGUAGCCAGGGUGCGACGAUUCAAUGAGAGGUCUAUUGGUGUUUUGAGGUCAGCGGUGGUGACCUCUCACCGCGACUAUAAGCUCUCAUGGAAUUGCAAGUGGUUGCCUGAUGAUGUGAAAGAGGAAUGCCUGGAGACUGCUAAAUGUGUGGAGAAAGCAUUGAUAAAAGCUGUGAAUGAGAGCAACUAUGGACGGGAGCAUGUUGUACCCAGCACUGUUCAGUUUGGCUUUGUUUUGCUGGAAUCAAUAGAUAGUGGGAGUGGAGAAGUUGGUGGUUCUAGAGGUUUGAUGAGCAUGGAAGAGCUCGGCAUUCAAAUACUAAAGACACUUUUUGAGGUCCAUGACAUGGCAAGAAACGAGAUAAUUGAGCAGUGCAAAUUUCGGAUUCUUUCUUUGAAGCCUCAUGAGAGCAUGCCGAUCAUCAAGUUAUUUGGUCAUCUGGUUCAAAGCUACCCUUACCCUAUGCUAGAUUACAUUGCUCACCUGAAAGAAUUACUGGACUAUUUCUCUUUCAUGAAUGAUGUAACUUCCGUUGCUCUCGUUGAUGCCAUCUUGCCACUGAUCAAGUUCAGCCGCGAUCUCCAGGAUUACGUUGUUUUGGUUGUAAGAAAGGCCAUGUUCAAACGAGAAGAUUCAGUUCGUAUAGCUGCUACUAAUGUUAUCAUUGAAUUAAUUUUAAUGGAAAACAGAUCUAAGAAAGAUGGUAUAAAUUCUUUACAAGAGUCAUCCAGCCAAGCAAGUUGCAGCCAGCAAGCUAUAUCCUGUGGGCUGGGCAGAGGUCUCUUUCAAGAACUCAGUGGAUUGCUUCAGAGAUGUCUUUCACAACAGGCUAGAGUUAAAGAAAUCAUGUACCAUGGUCUCAUUAAACUUGUUGUGUUAGACCCGUUUGUUCCUACCUCUGUCUUGGAUUUUCUCUGGCCUCACUUUCUUCACUUUUACAAAGAGGAUGCAGACUCUCCCCUUAGAGUUGAUGCAUGCUUUAAGUUGGAGAGUGGAAAAAUUUGUCUGGUAGAACCUUUGGACUAUCUUUUAUCGUGUGUCUCUUGGAUUCUUCUUCUUCAGCCACAUGAUAAAUCUGACCAUCCAUCAGAGUAUUCUUGGCCAUGUUUUGACUUCUCCCCUUCACAAGAGAAUGAGGUUGCAAGGACAUCAUCUGGUGAGCUGUUCUCAAAUGCAUUAUCAAAGAUCCGGAGAUCUCUAAGAAAAUGCACUUUAGAUGAUGGUGAAGGCCAGAGUGAAGAUACUUCUCUUCCAUCACAAGGUGGGAAAACUUGUUUUCGUGGUUGGAUUUUGCUUGGAAUUAUUGAGGUGUUCGUUAAUGUUGUUGCUUCAGAGUUAGAGAAAGCAGCUGAUGAAGAAAAGAUAGUGCUUGAAAAAGAAAUAAUGGAGCUUGUUAGUUCAUAUGAUUUUCUAGAAAAAGAAUCAAUCAUGAAUAAACAGAGGAGUGGCAACCGGAAAGGAUCUUCGAGAUAUAUCCAAGACAAGGCUAACAGUGAGUCCAAAGAGUACCCACAUGUUUCCCUCCAAAAAUUAUCUCAAGCAAGGAGACCUUUCUUUGCAACCUCAAAUAUCCAUCAGCUUCUAGUGACUGCACUUAAGUCAGGCAAUGCUGAUUAUCCUGACAAACACACUGCUUCUCAGAAUCAUAGUCAAUCAUCUUCGUGCAAGACAUGGGACCAGUGUCUGAAGCUAAUAUCAUUUGCUUUAAAGGCUUGUCUUCAUCAUUUACAAUCAAUCAGUUUGAUGAAAACUGGAUCAAAUAAUGAUCCAUUGAAAACUUUAUUCCAUGGAGAUGUUAAACAGCUGGGACAACUUAUAAUGCAGCUGGUAUGGCUGCUUAAGUCUGGCCUAAAACUAGAAAAAGAUCCUAAAAAGAUAGAAGGCAAACGGAAGACAAACAUAGAAAAUAAAGGAGACCAACUCUUACUAUCAUUGUUAUGCUUGAAUGAGUUGUUCAAGCUAAAUUCAUCUGGGGUUCAUUUUGCUCAAUUGAUUGAGGAUAUGCUUAUCCUGCAAGCACCAGAGUUGGAUUCCGAAACUACAAUAGAUACUGCUCAGGGUAUUGACAAUGGGCAAGGCUCAAUGCCGGAGGAUAAGUUCUUGAGAAGACUCCAUUUGUUUUUAGAGAAAAUAAUAAAGCCACUGUAUUCAGAGCUUCUUGCUCUUUCACUUUUCCAUGAAUCUGAGGUUCUAGCUGAAUUGAUAGUGAUCAUGGAGAAGAAAUUGCCACGUCAACAGAAGACCUAUCAUGGAAACUGGGCUGGGGGCAUCUGUAGGAGCAGCAGUAUAGAGAACCCCAAUGCUGCACGAAGUGUAGCGGGACUCGCCAUUUAUCUGAUGCCUGCUCCAAAUGACCUGAUUGUUGCUCAUGACAUGGCAUUAGAGCUGUUGAAAGUUAUGGGAUCUGAAGAUAAAGAUCCAGAGGAGAUAUCUGAAACAUUUCCCAUUAUUAAUCAUUCAACAAAAAAUGCAAUUUCUGCUAUGCUUAUACAAGUGGUUGAAUGUUGCAUGGUUGAAUUGGACUGGUCUGUAUCAAAACUUAAGGCAAUCUCCAUUGUCAAUCUUGAAUUCAUUGGCCUGAAAAAGAAGCACCAAUUUGGUGAAAGGCUACCUGGACUAAAAUUGGAAGAAGCAUUGCACUCCAGGUCAGAAGCACUGGCAUAUCUCUUGUCCUCUUUUCUGGAGAUGAACCUUAAGGACUCUCAAGCAGAGCAUUUACUGAAGGUAACUGCAAGAUUUUACAAGCUUUUGGCUCGCAUGACAAAACUCUGCAUUGCUCCUAAAGGUUGCAAGCAACUCUUACCUAGCCGCAAGUUUCAGAAGCUAGCAGAAGUGACUUGCUCAAGGCUCACCAGUCCUUUAUACAAUUUUGUUGCUCUUGUGCAAAGGAACCAGCAAGAGAAUGCUCAGAGGAGGGGAAUCAUUAGCAAGAUCAAAAGGGAGAAUAGAUGUAUUCCUGAUUUGAUAUUCCAAAUUGAGGACUAUGAGAAAUAUCUCAUUCAACUCAGCAAGCUGACUAAAGUCAACUUGUUGAGGCAUGCCAAGCGCAGCACAGCAAGGGAUUUUAAGAUCAUAGAGAUGAAGAAGCUUGCCAUUGAGGGAGAGGCAUCUGAACAUGAUCCCAGCCAGGCCAAUUCUACAUCAUCUGAGAAUGAAUCAAGUGAGGAAUCUGUAGGACCAGAUGAGGAAAAUGCGUCUGAGAAGGUUGCAUCCCCGGAGUCCGGUGGCGGUACUCCUGAUGAACAUUCCGAGACUGAUAAGGAAGAUCAAGAGAUGGGGUUAAGAAGGAAGAGGGCUAAAAUGAGUAGGAUUGUGGAAGACUCUGAUGAAGAAACAUAGGGACGAGGUUUAAAUUAUUGGGAGUGUACCAACCAAGAAAAAGAAUCUCUGCUUAUUGAGCAGAGGUUGUUAUCAUUGGUGUCAUCCGCGGCUCACCAACUGGCAAAUUUCUUAUGGAUCGCCCCUUGUAAAAUUAUCUCUAUGAUGUUCUUACCAACUCGAGAAUGAAAGAAAGUUUGAUAUUUAUUGCAUUGGCCAUGCAACAGGUUGUGCGAAAUAGGGGAAACUGGCACCUGUUCUUGUGUGAUGUGCAUGUGGCUGUGCAUCUUACACUUCUCGAUAUAUAAUGCAUAGCUAUUUUUACAUUGAAUUAUUAAA